AUGAACGCCGUCGCCCGUGCCACCACCACCGUCUCCGCCUCCGCGCUCCGCCGCGGCCUCGGCUCCAAGAGGUUCAACCCCCUCGCGGCCGCGCCCAAGGCUGUCGCCUCCAAGAAGGCCUUCUCCGUCCAGGCGAACUCCUCCAAGUCGGAUGGUCCCCCCCUCUACGCCGAGGGCGAGCUCGACAUCUACCGCGAGUCCCCCCUCCGCUACAUGGGCUACUCCAACGAGGUUGGCGAGGCUUUCGCCGCCUUCCUCCCCGAGUGGGGCGUCCCCGCCUCCUACGGCGUCGCCGCGCUCUACGUGUUCGCGGACACCUUCGACAAGGGCAAGCGCGCCGCCGGCGUCGAGCCCGAUGAGGACCAGAAGACCAAGCGUGGUGCCAUCGUCGCCCUCGACACCCUCACCUGGCAGAUGCUCGCCUCCGUGUUCUGGCCCGGAUCCUUCAUCCGCUGCGUCGUGAACGCCACCGCCGUGGCUGUCGCCGCCGCGCACCUCGACACCGCCCUCGGCGCCGACGUCGCCAAGGCAAUCCCCACCGCCGCCGGCCUCGCCGCCAUCCCCUUCAUCGUCAAGCCCAUCGACGGUACCAUCGACACCGCCAUGGAGAUGUCCGUCACCAAGGCGCUCAACGGCAAGAUCGAGGGUGUCCAGGAUGCCGGCGUCGCCGUCGCCACCAUCGCGGCGUGCCUCGCCGUUCCCCCCACCCUCUUCUCCGUCGCCUCCGCCAUCAAGGCCAUCGGUGCCUAAGCAUUCAUCAUGCUUCAUCGAUAUUCUUUAUAGCAACUGCAGCGCGUAGAGAGGGUGUGGUGUCGAGGACUGCGCGAAGAAGAGCAAGUUCGAAGUAACGCGCAGGUCUUCAGUUAUAUCAACAGAUUCUUUCAUCACUAAA